CCAGGCAACCUGCUGGUUAGAGCAAGGCCUACAGGCUCACUUGUCAGAGACAGUAGAGAGGGCAGGAUGUUUUCUUGCUGUCUUCGGACUACUCGAGGCUCAGGCCUCAGGAGACACAACGGGGAAGGCCAUGAUGGUGUCUGGAGGCAGAGGAUUCACUCUUGCUUUCAACGCCUGUGGCCCUUUUCGCGAAAGGGAACAAAUUUGACCAAGGCCAGCCAAGGUCAGGAACACACAGACCAGGUGGAGAAUGCUUCCGCCCAACACGACCAGAUGGAGUCCCAGAGAGAGGCCUGCUCCAGGGCAAAGGCUGUGGUUGAGCAGAUGAACACCCUGGUGCCUUCUCUGAAGGAAUGGGACCCCUUCUCAGUCCUUGCUUUUCUGUCUACAUACAGAUAUUUUGCCACCCCCCUACAGGUGUUGGACCUGGUUUUUGUGAGGUAUGCUUACUUCAAACCUUAUUCUAAAGCGGAUGAACAAGUAAAGAACACCCUCUGUAGCUUCCUGGAAACAUGGAUGGACACGAAUCCUGAGGACUUUUGUGACCCAGCAGACCUGUUGCCUCUGAAAUACCUGAAGGCCUACUUGAGUGUGUGCAUGCCACACUCUGAUCUUAGUGUCCGCGUCAAGAGGCUCCUGACCCAGUUGCAGGAAGAACAUGCCAAGGAUUCACAAACCAAGGAUGAGGAAGACUCAGAUCUGGGGAGACACACUGCCUCAGAUCUGCACAUUGAGUGGGUGUAAAUCAGCAGGGGAAAGAGCCACUCUGAAGCCACAACGAACUUGUGCACCAGAGCUGCUGGGCACAGAAACCCCCAGAAGUUUCUGUGAUGCAUGAGUCCCUGUAGACAGAUGUGGCGGCAGCAGCCCAGACAGCACACAGGAUAGCAGCUGUGGAAGCUGUUUCUCAGUAUGUCUGUACAUACGAGGUAUCUUUCAGUCAUGUCCUGCUUGUUAUAGUGGGCCUACCUAUUUAGAGGAUGGCACUGUCACCUCUGCUCAUCAAUUGCACUCUGUGCUAUAUCUGAGCUAUUGUUCCUGUAACUCACGAUCAGCUGCUGAUUUCAAUCCAGCAGCAGUUCCAAUCCCACAGCCAGACUUCCCUCCCCUGAGAAAUAGCCUUUUUACUCCUUCUGAUGUAUUCAAUGUUCUGUUUAAGUAUUGCUCCUUUUUAUUCCUUCUGAUGUUUUCAAUGUUGUGUUUAUUUUAAUUAUUGGUUUUAAUAAAUUGUUAGUAUUUGGUUUA